AUGUAAAAUCAAUAAAAAAUAAGAGUGGCGGUUCGUGUUAGACCUUUGCUAGAUUUGGAGAAAAAAUAGGGACAUUCUAAUUCAAAAAUAGAUUGCAAUGGAUAGGAAGUAAUAAUAAAGGAGGAGAGGAAUAAAAAAAGCUAUAAAUUCGAUCAUGUGUUACCUGAAACAGCCUCAUAAGAUUAGGUUUUUAAGAGUUGCGAAAUAGAUUAAUUAGUGUAAUCUGUUAUUGAGGGGUAUCAUGUGACAGUUUUUGCAUAUGGUUAGACAGGGUCUGGUAAAACACAUACCAUGGAAGGUUAAAGAGACGAUGAAGGAGUUGCAAUUAAGCAAGAUGGCAUAAUCCCUAAAACAAUUCAUAGUUUGUUUAAUAGAAUAAAAUAAAAUGCUCUUCAAAGAGACUUUUCUGUCUAUUGUUCCUAUUUGUAAAUUUACAAUGAAAAAAUUUAUGAUCUUUUGGGAGAAGCAAGCAAGGUUAAUUUUGGUAUUUAAACUUCCGGUUUAAAAAUGAGAUGGAAUGUGAGGGAUCAGUUUGUUGUUGAAAACCUGUUUGUUUAUCAAUGCAAAUCAGCGGAGGAAGUUAUUAAAUUAUUCAAAUUGGGAAGCAGGAAUAGAAUAACAGCCAGUCAUAAAUUGAACUUUUCGUCUUCUCGAAGUCAUUCUAUAUUUGAAAUCAAGAUAGAAAGUGUGGAUCUGAAAAAUCCAGAUUAUUUCAUAACUUCCAAAUUAGAAUUGGUAGAUUUGGCAGGUUCUGAAAGAAUCAGUCUCACAGGCACUGAAGGUAGAUAAGCUAAGGAGAGUAUUGAAAUAAACAAAUCAUUGAUGACCUUGAGAUAAGUGAUAGCAAUUUUGAGUGAUGCAAACAAUAAAACCAUUCCUCCUUAUAGAGAUUCAAAGCUAACUAGUUUAUUGAAGUAAUCCAUAGGAGGCAAUUGUUUCUGCUUAAUGAUUGCAUGCAUAGCACCUUUGGAUUCCUUCUAUGAUGAGAAUGUGUCGACAUUGUAGUAUGCUACAAAAGCAGCCUACAUAACCAAUCUUCCGAUGAAAAAUGAUGAUCCAAAACUCAAAGUCGUUAAUGAGUUAAAAUAGCAGAUUAAGAGUUUAAAAGCGGAAUUGAGUAGGGCUAAUGAACAUAUAGAAUCCUUAUCGAAUAUUGUUUAAAAGAAGGAUAACAAUCAAAGCCUCAAUGGUGUUCAAACUAGGAGUAAUUUUGACAACUUGUUAAAAAAUCAAUAGAGAUUGUUGGAGUAGGAAUCUUCAGAUGAUGAUGUUAAGAAAUUUGAUUAAGUGUAAUAAAACGAGAGAUUAAUCGAUUCAAUCAAUAUGGUGAGGGAGUUGUUGUUUUCUAAUAAGGAGAUGAGGGAGAGGGAGGAGCAGAUCAAUUAGAAGUGUGAGGCUAUGUAUAGGGAAAUUCAAUUUUUACAGAAGGAGAACUUUGAGUUAAGAGAACGAUUGGGGGAUCCUGAUUCAUAGUCUCCUCAGAAGAGGCCGUCCACUAUUAAGAAGAAUACGAUGAUGGUGGAGGAACUAGGGUUUUUGCCUGAGUAGGUGACUCAAUUUUAGAGGAACUUUUAGAAGGACUUCAGAGAGACUCAAAGUAAAGAUUAUAGGGAUUAACAAAUGUCUAUGACAAAUCAAAAUAUCAGAGCACAUUCAUAAAGAACGUAGGGUAGGUAAUUGCCAUUGAUAUCUAAUUAUCAGUAAAAUUUUGAGGAAGUUCAAUAAGAUGAAAUGACGAAUUUUCGCAGAAGAAGUUUAUAUUAGAAAUAAUUUAAAUGA